AUGGCGGGCAACCCGGUGUUCGGUUUCGAAACGAAUAAUAAUGGCAACUGCCACAAUGUUUCGACCAUGGUUGAAGCCGGGUCACCUGGUGGCCGUGACGAUCACCCGUCAUCCACACCGGGAGACGAGGUCCCGGAUGAAGCAGCAACGAUGGGACCAACAAGUUAUCCCCCCAACCUGAUCGAAUAUGUGUGGCCCUGUGGUCAUCAUGAGAAUGUCGACGUACAACAAGCUCCGGGUACAGCCUUUGUGCGCGGGCAGCUCUCUCUGCCCGUCGCAAAAUCUCCAGAUGAGUUCACAGACGAGGAGAAGACGGGCGUGCCCGGGCGGCUUAAAUGCUGCAAAUGCUGGGCGACUUUCGGCCUGUUCAAGACGCUCGAGGCGUGCCAGGAAUGCGAUCAUCCCUUCGCCGGUUGCCAAACAUGCAUGAUUGUCGACUCUUUGGGGUCGCGCGAGAUUGCCACGAUAGAUCACCUGCCCGCGGGCGAAUUCGACCAAACACCAGAAUACUGGAGGUGCAACACUUGCGAGCACGUCAACCCCUUUGCCAGCGAAGGGCCCAUCAAUGGAUUCCUGGCCCCCCUAGUCUCAGACUAUAUGGACGACAUGGAAUGCAAGAAGUGCGGCGGACCAUUUACCGAGGACAACUGGGUCAUCAGCCCGUUUUGGAUAUACCUUGGAACUUGGAAUGGGAAGGUCGUGGCAGAGGGCGGCCCUUGGCACUGGAGCGCAGAGUGGCAUCGGGACCGUGCUGGCGAGAACCACACCAAGGACGACUGCUACGCUGUCAGGAAAAGCGGCAGACGAAGGCGCGAAAACCCUUGCAUCAACAAGAGCUUUGCCGCCGAGUCUGCUGCCAAGCCCCCCAUCCCGCCUAUCCUAAUCGUGGAUACAGAUCACCACUCUCUGCCUCCACCCUCCGCUGGCUUGACACCAUUCCAGGAAGAACAUGGUUAUAGCAGCGACAGAGAGACCGCGCCAGGGUUCCAGCAGCAAGGCUUUCUUCACCCCGACAACCAGACUGUGGGAACGAGCGGUUUCACCAUCGCCGACUAUGCGCAUGAUGAUGUCGAGUCCGCGGUCAUUGAUGAACCAGGGACGCGCGGCUUGGUGGUUCCCGACGACGACGACCAAGAGCCGGAUCUGGGGUCAUAUUACGAUGCUCCAGCUGGUGGCGAGGAAUUUUCGAGAGAUGGAGAGCAGUCACGGGAGCUCAACCCUCCUCCCGUUGGAACUAUGCAUGCCCUGCCCGAUGAGGACGACAACGGGGAAGCAGGCCCCGUGGGCAACAACUAUUAUGCCCCAUUAAUGCAAGAGGACGUAACCGAGGCUGCGCCUCCACAAGGGAAUGAAGAAUACCUGGAGGAUGAUGACGACAUCUUAGACGCCUACGAUGGCGAGCCGGGGCCCCCGGAAGCCGAUGUCCUUGAGGAUGGCAGCCGAGGCUUGGACCUUGAAGACGGCAACCAAGAAUUCCAACCCGAUGAUGCGUCUCUCGGGACCCCCGCAGAUGCAGAAUUUCCUUUAGAAGACGACAUCCAGUCACCUCCUCCCAUGGACGAAGAGACCCCGCUUGAAGAACCCGAAUUUCCACCAGAAGACGGGGACCGGGAGCUCGACCUCCAAGACACCCCAGAGCUCGAAGAAGCUAACCCCGACUUUGACCCCGCCCUCGCAGCUGAUGAUCUCGACGGAGCAGCCCCCCCUCAAGACAUCCCAGAAGACUUCCCGUCACCACCACCAGAAGAACAACAAGACCUCCCACCCCCACCCCCCGAAGAACCAAUAGAACCAAUAGAACCCGAAGAACCCGAAGAACCCAAACCCACCCUCCCCUACUUCACCGACGGCCACACCGCGAUCCCCCGUAACAAGUAUGCCAUCCUCGACACCCCCGCCGCGGCCGCCUACUGCCCGAAUGGCAUGACACAUGACACGUCGUGGGACAGUGACGAGGAGGAUGAGUUCGAGGGUGAGGAAGCCCUCGAGGUUGGGGACGAGGAGUUUAUUGGUGCAGAUGAGGAUGGCGAGCGGGGGGUUGAGGGUGGGGAGGGGGGGUUUAUGGAAGGGGAGGAGGAGUUUGUUGAGGGAGGCGAGGAGUUGAUGGAGGGUGAGGAUGGAGAGAGGGGGUUGGAUGAGGAGGGGUUGGAAGGGGAGGAGGAGUUGGGAGAGGGGGACGGGGAGGAAGGCGAAUUCGCUGAUGAGGAGGCGCUCGAGGAUGGUGAGCGUGGCCUUGAUGACGAGUUUGCUGAGGGUGAGGAACCGCUCGAGGGGGAGGAACCCUUGGAGAGCGAAGGUGAGCCCCUUGAUGGGGAGUUCCUUGAUGGUGAGGAUGGUGAGCGUGGCCUUGAGGGUGAGUUUGGCGAGGAAGGUGAAUUCCCUGAAGAAGGCGAGUUCGCCGAGGAGGGCGAGCUUGCCGAUGAGGGGCUUCCUGAAGAUGGCGAGUUUGUCGAGGACGGAAUCCCCGAGGACGGCGAGUUCGACCCUGAGAUGGGCGAGGAGAUGCUCGAGGAUGGCGAGCGCGGACUCGACGAAGAGUUCCUUGAAGGCGAAGGUGAGUUCCCGGCCGAGGGCGAGGGCGAGUUCCUACCCGAAGAUGGCGAAUUCCCUCCCGAAGGCGAAGGCGAUGAGUUCGACCCCGAAGCAGGUGAGCGCGGCCUCGAGGACGGCGAAUUUGCCGACGGUGAGUUCAUGGAAGGCGAGGAGUUUGAUGAAGGAGGUGAAUUCGCCGAAGGGGACGAAUUUGCUGAAGGGGGUGAAUUCGCGGAAGGGGACGAAUUUGCUGAAGGCGAAUUCGCUGAUGGUGAGUUUCCUCCUGAUGACUUUCCCCAAGAUGAUUUUGCCGGUGGCGAAUUCCCCGAGGACGGAUAUGCCGAUGGUGGGUUCGAUGAGGGUGGAUUCAACGAUGGCGGAUUCGACGAAGGUGGGUUCCCUGCGGACGGCGACCGUGGCUUUGGCGACGAUUUCGGCGGGCAGCCCAUGGACGAUGGCUACGCUGGCGGCUAUGGUGGCGAUGGAGGGGGAUAUGGCGACGCGGGGUAUCCUCAGGAAACCUUCGACGAUGGUUCAUACCCUGGCGGAGGCGGCGAUUAUGCUGGCGAUGGUUAUGGCGAAGAUAACUACGCUGGCGACGAUUACGCCGGAGCCGGAUACCCCGCCGACGAGUACCUGGAUGGCGCACCCGAAGGUGAAUACGUCGAUGGUGAGCCUGAAGCCGAAUACGUCGAUGGCGAGCCAGCCUUUGAUGAGAACCCCGACGAAUUUCAAGACACCGACUUCGUGGAAGGCGAAUUCGUCGACGGCGAACUAAACGACGAAGUCGUUGACGACCAAUUUCCCGAGAACGAGCCGCUUCCCGAGGACGAGCCGCUUCCCGAGGACGGUGUCGAAGAGGCCAUCGAUGACGUCGACGGGGAAUUCGCCGACGGCGAGCUUGCUGACGAUCAACUUGAAGGCGAGUUCGCUGACGGAGAGAUAGGCGAAGACCAAGCCAUCGAGGACGGCCCUAUCGACGAAGAGGGCGAGAUUCUCGAAGACGGCGAACGGGACCUCGAAGAAGAGCCUCCUGGGGAAGAGCCUUUUGUUGAGGAAGAAGUACCAUUGGACGAAGAACCGCCCCUCGACGAGGAACCCCCCCUUGACGAAGAGCUUCCUCUUGAUGAAGAGCCCCCUCUCGACGAAGAACCCCCUCUCGACGAAGAACCCGCUUUAGACGAAGAGCCACCCUUUGAAGAAGAAGCUCCUCUCGACGAAGAACUACCUCUUGAGGAAGAGGCCCCGUUUGACGAAGAGCCUCCUUUAGAAGACGCUCCUCUCGAGGAUGACCUACCCCUCGAAGACGGCGAGCGGGGUUUCGACGACGAAAUGGCUGUUGACGACCAGCCUUUUGAAGAGCCACCUUUUGAAGAGCCACCUUUUGAAGAGGAGCCGUUCAAUGAUCCCCCAUUGGACGAGCAACCCCUGGACGAUGUCCCGUUCGACGAGGCACCCCUCGAUGACGCACCGUUUGACGAACAGUUCCAAGAUCAAGCCUUCGACGAUCAAUUUCAAGAACAGGUUUUCGAUGAACAGCCGUUUGACGAUCAGGCAAGGGGCUUUGAUGAUGGGGGUUUCGAUGAUGGUGGAGGCUUCAACGAUGCUGGAGGUUUUGACGACGGUGGAUUCAAUGAUGGUGGAUUCAACGAUGGGGGAUUCAACGAUGGUGGAGGUUUUGACGACGGCGGGUUCAACGAUGGUGGGGGCUAUAAUGAUGGUGGUGGUUUCAACGAUUCUGGGGGCUACAACGACACCGGAGGUUACGACGGUGCGGGGUAUGGCGAUGAUGGUGGCUACAAUGAUUCCGGGGGAUAUAACGACCCUGCCCCCUACGACGACGGCGGUGCUUACAAUGACUCCGGCGCCUUCAACGACCCUGUUUCCUAUGACGAUGGUGGUUACAACGACCCUGCUCCAUACGACGACCCGGCCCCAUACGAAGAGCCGGUUCCAUACGAAGAGCCGGUUCCAUACGAAGAGCCGGUUCCAUACGAAGAGCCGGUUCCAUAUGAAGAGCCAAUUCCGGCCGGUGACAUAGAGCCGUUGGAGUCACCAGCCCCAUUCGAAGAGGAGCAGACUUUCGACAGUCAGCCACUAGAUGAUGAUGUUCAAAUGGAUGAACUGCCUUUUGAGGAAUCUCCACUCGACCCAGAACAACCAAUCGAUGACCAAUUGGAAGAACAGGCGAUUGAAGAGCCACCGUUGGAGGAAGAGUUCGGCGAACAGGAGGUAGCCGAAGCGGAGAGUUUCGACGAUCAGCUCGCCGAUGGGCUAGAUGACCAACCCGCAGUGGAAGACAGCUUCCCCGAGGAAGAUUUACCUGCGGAGGAGGAGCUUCCGAUUGAGGAUGAACUACCGGUAGAAGAAGAACUGCCCAUCGAGGACGAACUUCCCAUCGAGGACGAACUGCCGGUGGAGGACGAACUUCUAAUUGAGGACGAACUACCGGUGGAGGAACUUCCUGUCGAAGAGGAACUUCCAAUGGAAGACGAUUUACCGGCCGGCGAUGACCUACCACAAGCUGAGGAGGAAUUUCCCGCCGAGGAGGAGCUCCCAAUUGACGAGCAGCUCUUGGAAGAACAGGCAGUGGAGGAAGAACCUUUUGGUGAUGAAGCGCCAUUGGAUGAUCAGCCGUUCGACGAACCGCCGAUGGAUGAGGAACCAUUUGAGGAGCAACCAUUCGAAGAGCAACCGUUUGAGGAACAACCAUUCGAGGAACAACCAUUCGAGGAACAACCCAUCGAAGAGCAACCAUUUGAGGAGCAGCCAUUCGACGACCGAGGCUUCGAUGAAGGAACAGGCCAAGAUCAAUUCCCCUUUGACAACGACCCCGGCAUGGACAACGGAUACCCACAAGACAACUUUGAUCAGAAUGGUGGGGACCAGUUUCGUGAUGACGAUCGUGACCUGUAUUCCGGGGCGGGGUACGGAGAUCCAGUCGACGACUUCCAAAGUGGCGGCCAAGACAACUUUGACCAGUACGAUGACCGGCUUCCCGAGCAGAAUUACGAGGAGCCUUUUCAGGACGACUACAAGGAGCAACCUUUCGAAGAACAACGAUUUGAAGAACCGUUCGAGGAGCAGCCUUUUGAAGAGCAACGCUUCGAAGAGGAGCCAUACCAAGAGCCACCUUUGGAAGAGCAACCGUUUGAGGAACAGGCAUUCGAGGAGGAACGCUUCGAAGAAGAGCCAUACCAAGAGCCACCCUUUAGAAGAGCAACCUACCACGAACAACCUUUCCAAGACGACUACAACGAGCAACCCCAAGAUGAAUUCCGGGGCGACGACCAAUAUCACGAGCAGCCUUUCCAAGAGGACUACAAAGAGCAACCCCAUGAUAAUUAUCCAACCGAUGACCAAUACCAAGAGCCGCCCCUCCAAGACAACUACGAUGGCCAAUACCAAGAGCCGCCCCUCCAAGACAACUACGAUGACCAAUACCAAGAGCCGCCCCUCCAAGACAACUACGAUGACCAAUACCAAGAGCCGCCCCUCCAAGACAACUACGAUGACCAAUACCAAGAACCGCCUCUCCAAGACGAUUACAAUGCUCAAACUCAGGAUGACUUCUCGGCCGACGGCCACUACGACGAGGAACCUUUUCAGGAAGCUUAUUACGAACAGCCGCAGGACAAUCACCCGGCUGACGACCAGUACCCAGAAGAGACGUUCGAGGAUGCCUACGAUGAGCAACCCCGGGAUAACGAUCUGGUUGAUGACCAAUACCAGGAACAGCCGUAUGAGGAGGCCUUUGACAAUGCACAACAGAUGCGUUCUCCAGAGCCCGACAUACUCCCGGCGUUUGUAUCCCCGCAAGAGCACGAAGAUUAUGCCCCAGUCCGUUCUCCGUCUUUACAAGAGGUACAGCAACCUGAGCAGGAGUAUGAGGAGUACUCACCUGGUGUUGAACAGGCACAAGAUGUGUACUAUGAUGCCGAUGAACCCGUGGAAGAACACCCAGAGGGCAUGGUACCCUACCAAUCAAACGACCCCAUGGAAUUGGUAUGCACUCACGACGACGAACACCAAGAACAGGUGCCCGUGGCAGCCGGACAUGGGAGGGGCAGGGUGCAUAAGAAAGAGAAAUACCAAUGGCUGCUUCCGCUCAUGGCAACCGCGACCUUGGGCUGGGGCCUAGAAGAGCUCGAGGAACAGUAUCAUGCGGCGAACUUGAAGGCGUCGGGAUUCAGCUUUGCCGCACUUGCAGCCAAACUCUUCUGUGUGAAGAAACCAAAGGACGAUGCCAACACCGACAAGGACCAAGACAACACCGCCGCUGAUGGGGUGGUGGGCGGCGAGAUACGAUCACCCGCCCCCGAUGGCGAGGUGAAUAACGCCGAGAUGAACCCCGAGGAUGCACUGCAGAAUCCCGCGAUGGAUGAUCCAAAUGGAGAGUGGGAAGAUGUGAACGAGAAUGAGGAGGUGGAUAAGAAAGACGACAAAGGGAAGCGGGGCUUUUUCGGGCUGUUCCGUGGCAAGAAGAAGGAAGGGGAUCUCGAGGCCCAAAACCAACAGCUCCAGGACGGCCAAGACCCAAGUAUGCAGAACGACGAACUCAACCCUGACGCCCCAAUGGGCGAGAAUGGGUACACCGAAGGCCAGCAGCCAGACGGACAGUAUCCAGCAGACCCCAAUGCCGAUCCGACCGGCGAGCAGCCCAAAAAGAAAGGAUUCUUUGGCGGGCUUUUCAGUAAGAAGCCAGCACCGGAAGAGCCGGUAUACAUAACUGCGGACAACGUGGACCAGGAUAGGAACGGCGAAGGGUACAACGACCAAUACACGGACCAAAAUAUGAACGGCCAAAUGGACCAACAGAACGGCGUCAAUCAACCGGCAAAGAAGCAAGGGUUUUUUGCUGGGCUGUUUGGAUCGAAGUCCAAAUCUCAAAAUCAGCAAAGUGGCGGCUUCAACGAUGGUUAUGAUUCCCAGCAGCCGCCACCGAAGAAACAGGGAUUCUUUGCCGGGCUGUUUGGGUCGAAGUCCAACUCCCGGAAUCGGGAUGGCGGUGGCUUCAACGAUGGCUACAACGAAGGUCAGCAGCAACCUGCCAAGAAGCAAGGUUUCUUUGGAGGAUUGUUUGGUUCGAAGUCCAAAUCCCAGCACCAGCAUGGCAAUGACUUUAACGGUGGCUCUCAGCAGUACGGUGACAACUACAACGGUGGUUCGCAACAGUACGGGGACAACUACAACGGUGGUUCCCAGCCGCACAACGGCGACUACAAUAACGGCUCCCAGCAGUAUGUCGAUGACUACAACGGCGGUUCUCAGCAGUACGGGGACAACUUAAACGCCGAUACUCAACGGCCCGGCAAGAAAAAAGGCUUCUUUGCGGGACUCUUUGGGCCGGACAAAUCCAAACAACGCAACACCGAGGUCCAGAACACCGGCACGUCUUACGAUGAUGGAUACAACGAGCCAGCAAAGAAACAGGGUUGGUUUGGGGGUUUCUUCAGCUCCAGCAAGAAGAACAAGAAGAACAAGCAGAACGCAAAUGGGAACGGCCAGGAAUACCCGAUGGAGACCUUCUCCGGCCAAGAACCCGCCAACUAUGACAACACCGUACGCCAAGACGGCUAUGACAACACCAACCCCAAUGAUUCGAGCCAGAAACCCAAGAAGAAGGGCUUCUUCGCCUCCUUCUUCGGCUCCAACAAGAAGUCCAAGUCCACCCAGCAAACCACCGCCAACCCAGACACUGUCGACCAAAAGCCCAAAAAGCGCGGCUUUUUUGCCACCGUUUUCGGUGCCAAGCCCAAGAAGAACGAGGACAUCGAGAUGGGCAACCUCAACAACCAGCCCGAGGAGGCCCGCGUCGGCCGCGUCAGGACCGGCAGCCCACAGCUCCACCAGGGCGAGUCAGGCGCGCGGCAGUCCGCCAUGGCCGACGUCAUGGACGACGGCAACUUUGAGGACGUUCCGGACAAGAAAAAGAAAAAGAAGAAAGAUAAGAAGGACAAGAAGGCUGCCAAGGCCGCUAAGGCGGACAAGAAGAACAAGGGCAAGGGCAAGGAAGUGCGGCGGAGUGCCGUGUAUGAUGAGCAGGGCCGGGUGGUGAAGGAGGCACGCAAGGCGAGGCAAGGGCCGAUGAAGAUGCGGUAUGCGCCGAACCUGCCGAGCGAUAGGAUGUAUCAGCAUGUGAACGGGCCCAAGCCUAUUCGGAAGGGCGGUGGACGGACAGCGGUGGCGGCGGCGAACCCGGGGAAUUGGUUCUGGAUGGACGUGUAUUGGAAGUAG